AUGCCUCUAGCACUGUUUGCAAUUUUCCUCCUAGACUUUAAACCAAGGGAAAAGAGUGAUUUUUCCAGACAGAAACUCAAAAAGCUACCCAAAGAGGUUUUGUGUCUCAGUACUGAUGUGCUGUCCCUGAACCUAAAGAAUAACAGACUGAAAAGUGUGAGUGGGAUCUCAGCACUGUGUUACCUGAAAGAGCUCAACCUGUCUGCCAAUGACCUCUCAGAGUUUCCUCAGGAGAUUGAGGAGCUCAGUAAUUUGGAGAUACUAUACUUGAGCCAAAAUAACAUCACAAAAAUCCCAGAGGGUGUGUUUUCCCAGCUGGAGAAGCUGCAGUUCCUCAAACUGAGUACCAAUUGCUUGAAAGAGCUCCCCUUAGACCUAGGACAGUGUAAAAGCCUUCGGUAUCUCAACCUCUCCAACAACCACCUGGAGGAUGUGAAGGUACUGGAGGCCCUGUGUGGCCUGAAGGAGCUCUAUGUGAAAAACAACAAGCUGACAGAGCUGCCCUCCCGUCUGUUUUUGAACACGGACCUGACGAAGUUUAAGGCCGAUGGUAACCCGCUCCGGAAGCCGCCGGAAGAGGUGUGCGCUGGUGGGGUGAAGAGCAUAAAGCAUUACUUCAGUAGCUUGGGGAUCAGCGAGCAGUGUGUGCGCAGGGUCAAGACCAUGUUCCUAGGCUCCUCCAUGGCUGGCAAGUCCACAAUAUGCUACAGCCUGAGGAAGGGUUUGCCUGUGGAGGUGGAUGUCGCCGACCGCACUGUGGGCAUUGAAAUCAGCGAGGUGCAGUUGGGUGGUUUCCAUUUUCUCUUCUGGGACUUUGCUGGACACGAGGAGUACUACUUCACUCACCAUGUCUUCAUCACACCUCAGGCAUUUGUCAUCCUCGCCGUCAAUCUGGCCAGCUAUGAUAUUAGGAAUCCUCAGUCUUUCAAAGACUGUGUCAGCUUCUGGAUCAAAAAUGUGCAUCUGAGGGUUCCUGACGCUGUGGUGCUGGUUGUGGGGACCCACUCCGAUGAGUGCAGGGGUGUGGAGGACGUGCAGGAGAAGAAGGAGGACAUUGAGAAGAAGAUAAGAGACAUGUUCCAAGAACAAAAGGCAAACCUAGAGAGGUGGAAGAGAAACCUUGAGGAGGACCGGAACAAGACUGCACAGUUCUCUGAUCAACUGAGACAUUUUCAGCACUGUGCUGAACACAACAUAAAGUUCCUUGACCUUGUAGCCAUGGACUGCACUAAACCUGAGGAAAUUGAAAAGAUUCAAGACUACAUUCUGUGCCAGGUGGAGAAUAAGGCUCUGUUUCCCAAUAUAGAGAAGAUAUUGCCACAAUUAUAUCAAGAAGUAGAAUCAUCAAUCAAAGAGCUAAAAGAAGACACAGACUUUCCUGGACAUGGAGUAAUGUCUUUUGAGGAAAUUCUGAACGAGCUGAAGGGGAAGCUUGAGAAAUUAGACCAGGAAGACCUGCAGCCCAUUUUACGAUACCUCCACCAGAUUGGGAUAAUAGUGUGGUAUGAGGAGAUUGCUGACUUGAAGGAGACUGUGUUUGUAGAGCCAUCUUUCCUCAUAAAGCUAUUCAAGACAGUCGUGAGACAUGACCUGGUGGAUCAGCUGCAGGGCAUCUCCAGGGACGAGCUUAUGGAAGAGAAUUCUCUUUCGGUACAGAGGGACAAAUGGAUCAAUGACUUGAAGGGGAAAGCCACCCUACACAGCGCAGCCAUACGGGUUCUCUUGCGGAAGUCCUUGAAGGAGUUGGAGAUUGACGAUAAGGAUUUUUUCGAUGUGGUUGUUGGGACCAGGAGCAGUGAUGGAAUGGUCCUUGGCCUUUUGCAACAGUUUGAAAUUUGUCUGCCUGCCCAGCUGACCAGUCCCCUGAACCCCAAAGCUCGUGACUUUGUGCCAAACGAGAGGUGGGAGCCCUUAGACACCUCUGUGUACAAUCGGGAUGGUGCCUGCUUGUUCCCAAGCCACCUGAAGGACAAUAGCGUUGUGCUGAAGAUGUGGGGAGAAGACAGGAACGACGACAUUCAGGUUCAGGUCUAUUUCCUACCUGAGAUGCCACACGGCUUCUUCCAAAGACUUAUCAUCAAGAUCUGUUCCUUUUACCCUGUUCACUGGGUGGGUAAAGACCACUGCCUAGUUUGUGCCAGUAACAGACUGGUACUGUUCAAAGAAAAGUGCCUAAGUGGUGAUCAACUGAUUGAGAUUCGCUGCAAAAGACAACAUCAUUCUGCACACGUGAACACGGCUGUGGAUAUGCGGUGCCCGUCCUGGGACAUGAUCCUGGUAGUCCUGCGAAGGCUGAUCGAGCUCGCACAACAGUGGCCUGGUUUGUGCCUGUAUGUGUGCAGCCCCUGUACAGAGGAUGGAUGCUCUGAUCACUUCGCCUGGCCAGACUGGAAGGAGCUUAACGGCCAUAACCUUUAUAACAUCCAGAAAGAUGAUAAGAUGGUUUGCUGCAAUGGGCAUACACACCGGACAGAACUACUAUUCCCAAAAGUACCCAAGGCACGUUCAAAGUCUGAUAAUGACUGAAAAGGUGAUGAAUGCCACCUUGGAGGAAGCUGUUGCCCCUCGUUCCGCUCUCUAAAUGCCCUCCCAAGCAGGCACAAACCUUCAAACAAAGAAGGAAAUGUAGGACAUGACUUUCAAAUGAUAACCGAUUGUGAUCUUUAAUGAAUGUUGAGUUAUAAUAUAUAAUAUAUAUAAUAUAUAAUCACAAACACUACUUUUGAGCACAAACAUGCUCAUUAUUUUAUUGAAUUUUUGUAGAGGCUAAUCAAUUAUGACAGUUGAUGUUAAAUUUCAUUGAACUUUAGUUCUGUGUAUGUAGCAUUUGUGUGAUUUGUACAGUAUUGAGGAAGAGAUGCUGUAGUUUGGAGAGGAAAAUUUAUUCAUUGGUUAUAUGCUGUAUAUAGCCAGGGACAUUAAUGUGUUCACAGUUGGCAGGUGCAUUGGUAACUGCAUCUGCUUAGAUUAAUUUAACUACAAAGGUAUUUUGUUGUCUGUAAUAUUUGAAGUCCUAAGCAUUAUGUAAUGUUUUCAUAAUGCUACACAUUAUCUUAACAUAGUGUAUGAAAGCAAUGCAAUUUGCCUAGCAAACUAAGAAAAGGUUUGCAAUGUGAAGGGCCUACAGGCUAUUACAACAUCUAGCUAACAUGUUCACCACUACAGAGGUGAUUAUUAGGGGGCCAAGCACCAAGUGUAUGCAGGACUCCUGUUGUUUUUGCUAGGAUUCUUCUU